AUGACGUCCCUUCCGCCCUUUGCGCCGUUCCCCGAAGCCUCGUGGCGACAACAUCUCGAUUCCAAUGAAUGGAACUCACUACUCGAGGCAUGGCUACUCCUCAGUCAGGUAUGCCUCACCCUGUCAGACAAGGAGUUGAAAAAGAAGUUGGCCAGCGAUGAGUCCAUGUUCGCUUUCCUCGUGUCGCUCAUGAACGAGACGGCAGAGUCUGGCCCGUCAUGCCUCGGAUCUCAUUCUGCAUCACUAUUGAGUGCCGCCUUUCAGCUCUGCUCGCGCCUUUUUGUCCUCCAAACGUCACCGGCUCUUGUCGAUGCCGAAUUUCUAUGUAACCUUGCUAGGGUAUAUCCUAAGAAGCACGCUGCCGCUCUCGUAUCAAAGCUAUUUGCUUCUGCACAUGGCCCGGCCGCCGAGAGCUCUCUCACAGCCGUCAAGAAGCUCCUCAUUCCACAUCUCGAAGCUGGUGUCAAGGGCAAUCUGAUUCUUGUUGAGAAGCGUCUUGUCCAUCUCAACCAUCUUCUCCACAUCUCACCAGACGCCUGCACCCUGUUGUUGGCCGGCUCCGAUUUUUUUGAUGGCCUGGUUGUCUCUUUCCGCGUCACGAACCCUCCGCUGCGCAAGAUCAUCGUCACAACGGUCUACCUGUGCCUCGUUGGUCUUACCGAGGCCGAGCCGCCCAAGUGGGCCAUGUUGAAUGACGAACUCUAUACCCUCAGGACGGCUGCCGACACCCACAGAGCUGGUCUGCUGAACGUCAACGACUCCUUGGUCUCAGAGUUAGUAACAUCGACACCAGUUCUCAAGAUCCUGAUGCGCAGAGCCGAGUCUGCGUCAGUUGCUACAGACAACUUCAAGAACCGCAUAACCGCCCUCGAGGCUUACAAAAAGGGGCCCAUGGUACGGCCCAAAAGACUGGCCAAGAGGAAGGUGGACAAGGGCAAGGGCAAGCAGACGGUGAGAAAGGUGCAUAAAGGGAUCCACGUACACAGAAUGAGCCAGAUCACCCAGAUACAAGACCUGUUUCCUGAUCUCGGGUCUGCUUUCAUUUCCAAAUGCCUUGACGAGUACGGAGAGGACGUGGAGCAGGUGGUGGCGAACUUGCUGGCAGAGACGCUGCCACCACAUCUUGCCUCUGCCGACAGAAGUGAGCCUCUGUCCUCAAAUGACAGUCCAGAAACCCAUUUUGCGUCGCAUAGCACACCGCCACAGGUUCCAGCACAACUGCCGACGAGGCGCAACAUAUACGAUAAUGAUGAGUUCGACGAUCUUUCGGUGGACAUGUCCAAGGUGUCAUUUGGUAAGAACCACGAUAAGACUUCCAGAGAGGUGGAAUCUACGGCUCCCGACAAGGCUGCCAUUCUCACCGCCCUGGCCGCUUUUGACUUGGACGAUGACGAGAGAGACGACACUUACGAUGCUGCCGAUGUUGGUGGUACCGUUGACUCCUCCAACCAGGAAGCCGACGGAGUGAGCAGCGGAAACGAAGAGAUACUCUACCGGGCCUAUGCCGUGGAUGAGAGGCUCUUUGGCAGAGAUGCCGGUACCAGACGCGGACAGUACCGCGCCAAGCUCAGGGAGGAGACGGGUAUGACGGACGAGGCGAUUGAAGGCUGGGCCGUCAUGCUGUCCAGGAACCCGCAACAGAAGAGACGCCUUGAAGGCAAGUACGCCUUCAGCGGUGAGCAGGCCAAGCUCGAACGCACAUCAUGGACGGCCAACACCGACGAUGAUGGGGUCCCAGGCCCCUCCCAUAACGACCGGGGGAGGGGAGGCCGUCUGAGAGGUGGACGUGGAAGGGGCCAAGGCCAAGGCCGUGGCGGUCGCGGAGGAGGAAACGUCGCCGGACCGACGGGCGAGAAGGGGACGGAGACGGCAAGAAAGAACAAAGAGUCGAACAAGAGAUCAAGAGCGAAUCAUGACCGGCGUGACGCCCGGGCUAAGAAGAUGGGCCGUGGGGGGCUUCCGGGCUGA